CAGAACUGCACAAGGCUACCGUCCGCGUUCCCCUUUCCUCUCUCCGACAAUUCUCCCCCCUCUCGUCGCGAGGCCCGCGAGGGAGAUUCUGGAGGAGGCCUUCCUCCCGGGAGUGAGUAGAAUCCUCUGCCGUGGCCAAUGAAGGAGGCCAGCGGAGCCGGCGCCGGCGCUGAGGACGUCGGCUCCUCGUCCGGUGAGCCCCCCUUGUGUCAAAUAUUUGUUUACCACAAGAUGAGGGUACAAGCUCCAGCGAGAUGGACAAUACUGAAUGCUCUGAGACAUCCUCAGAGCUGUCUAAUUCUGAAAGAUCUGCACCCGAAUGUAGCAAAAAAACAUCCUCCACAUUGGAUAGGAAGAUAUCCAUUAAAAAGAAGGUUGUACCGGUUGCAUCCCUGUUUGUUUUCGUUGCAGCUAAAAUUGUUUAGUCGAAUGGCUACACUGAAAGAUGAUGGAACUGUAGUUGUUGAUAUCCCCACUAAUCUUGAGGCUGCAUCACUUGAUCUUCCUUCGGAGAAUCACCACAAUGUGGCCUUUGGUGGGGAACCAUUGGACUCUUCAGAUCUGCAGCACAGGCCACCAAUGCAAAUUGUUAUGCUGAUUGUUGGUACGCGAGGAGAUGUGCAGCCAUUCAUAGCUAUAGGAAAACGGUUGCAGGACUAUGGUCAUCGCGUUAGACUAGCAACCCAUGCCAACUUCAAGGAUUUUGUGAUGACUACUGGAUUGGAGUUUUACCCCCUUGGUGGAGAUCCAAAAGUUCUUGCUGGAUACAUGGUUAAGAAUAAAGGAUUCUUGCCCGCAACUCCAUCAGAAAUUCCUAUCCAGCGCAAGCAGAUUAGGGACAUCAUAUUCUCCUUGCUUCCUGCUUGCAAGGAUCCAGACAUUGAUACUGGCGUUUCAUUCAGUGCGGAUGCUAUAAUAGCUAAUCCAGCAGCAUAUGGACAUGUACAUGUGGCAGAGGCUCUCAAUAUACCAAUUCAUAUAAUUUUCACAAUGCCUUGGACGCCUACCUGUGAAUUUCCACAUCCUUUCUCACGUGUAAAGCAAUCUGCAGGAUAUCGACUUUCAUACCAGAUUGUUGAUUCUUUUGUCUGGCUUGGCAUAAGGGAUAUGAUAAAUGAUCUCCGGAAAAGGAAGUUGAAAUUAAGACCAGUUACUUACCUAAGUGGUACACAUGCUUAUUCAAAUGAUAUUCCUCAUGCAUAUAUCUGGAGUCCUUACCUUGUCCCCAAACCAAAAGACUGGGGACCUAAAAUUGAUGUCGUUGGAUUUUGCUUCCUUGAUCUUGCUUCAAAUUAUGAGCCUCCUGAGCCACUUUUGAGGUGGCUUGAGAGUGGUGACAAGCCUAUUUACAUCGGUUUUGGCAGCCUUCCGAUUCCAGAACCAGAUAAGUUGACAAAAAUCAUUGUGGAAGCACUGGAAAUUACAGGGCAGAGAGGAAUCAUUAAUAAGGGCUGGGGUGGGCUUGGAAAUUUGGAAGAAUCAAAGGAAUUUGUAUAUGUACUUGACAAUGUUCCACAUGAUUGGCUCUUUUUGCAAUGCAAGGCUGUGGUACACCAUGGUGGCGCCGGAACCACUGCUGCUGGUCUGAAAGCUGCGUGCCCAACUACCAUCAUACCAUUCUUUGGUGAUCAAUUCUUUUGGGGCAGCAUGGUGCAUGCCAGGGGAUUGGGAGCACCACCUGUACCUGUGGAGCAAUUACAAUUGCAUUCACUGGUUGAUGCAAUCAAAUUUAUGAUUGAUCCAAAGGUAAAGGAACGAGCUGUUGAGCUAGCAAAGGCAAUUGAAUCAGAAGACGGUGUUGAUGGGGCUGUUAAAUCCUUUCUGAAACAUCUUCCGCGACAAAGGAAUUCUGAGACGGUGCCAACCGCGCCACCAUCAACCUUCAUGCACCCCUUCCUUCUCCCUGUAAAGAGAUGUUUUGGCAUUGCUUCCUAACUCUGCAAUUGUUUUGAUCCUGUGACAUCACGGCAACAGUUGUUGCGCCACAUGCUGAAGGGGCAAUCAGCAACAUUGGCUGCCCUUUUCAGUCUUUACAAUUGUUGUGGUGGCUUAGAAAGAAUAUAGUAUAAGGUUUUUCGUUCUACAUAUACUGUAAUUAUUUGUUGUUGAUGUAUAUAUAGCUUGUGAUUUGUGUGUACAGGGUAAGGGGUGUUUGGAAACACCCUAUUAAAAUUUAACACCUGUCA